UGCCAAUCUUUGUCACUGAUGAACAAGUUUCUUCUAUGGAGUUUGAGCGUAGAGGAGACCGUAACCUGGUCGAAAACAAAGAAACAAAGUAAGAACAGAGUAGAGAAGAAAACAAAGAUAGACUUGACAAUUGAAAACACUUACGAUACAAAUUGCGUUAAAAAUGUUAGAUACGCGGUAUUGGGACGAAGGUAUAAAUACGAGACACGCUGAUUUACAUUCAAACUCGUUCAAAUAUUUACACGGGAAUGGUAAUUUCCGGUUUUCGCCGCAAUGGCGUCGUUAGAGGAUCGUUAGUCGAUCCAAGUCGAUCCGCCGAACUUUCGAUUCGUCGUAAAGCGAUUCGCGUGGUUCAUUUUUUAAAGAUAAACCAACUAUGUCGGAUCGUUAUAGAUUUUUUACGCAUACCUACGUCUUGUACACGAACUUACGAUUCCGGUUACUUGGAAGGAUUUACUCGGUCCGCGAGUCGGCGAUCCAGCGCGAGGAUCGCUCGUGCUAUCGAUCGUCGUCUCCUUCGUCGCGAUCUCCGACUGUCAUUAUGAAUAGUGAUCUGGGCUAGAUUCGAAAAACAAUAGUAGAUAUCUCCUCGUAGAUCGUCGUAGAUUUCAUUUUCAUUUUUAACAUGGGCGAGUAAAGUCGUCAAGUAGACGAAUUAAUAAACGAGUAAGUCGAUUAGUGGAGCCUGUCGAGGGUUGAGAAGCGGCCUCUUAGAUUGAAGUGUCGAUUCCGUCUAUUCGGUUACCCACGGUUCGCUGGAUUACCGACGUAGUCGCGCCGAAAAAAAAAUAUGAUUAGUGAGAAAGAGUGAAAAGUGAACGAAUCGAUCGAGUAAAUGGUGCACUCUGUUCUGAGGAGAUGAAUCUUCGCGGUGGACUAGCGAUACUUCUUUUCGUUCUUGCGGAGAUCGACUGCGCGAUAGUGAGGAUCGUGGGAGAGAAUCACUCGAAAUGCGGAUGUCCAGCAGCAUCACACAGGCAACCGAGGGCGAUCCCGACGAAAGGAAGCGGGAGAAAUAAUACGUUCGACGAAGAGAACGUCGCCGUGACGACCGGGCGAAUUUUCAACGGAAAACCGAGCAAAAGGGGCUCGUGGCCCUGGCAGGUUUCCCUCCAGCUGUUGCAUCCGAAGAUGGGGUUCAUCGGCCACUGGUGUGGCGGUGUCCUCAUCGAGCCCACAUGGGUCGUUACAGCGGCUCACUGUAUCCACAAUGAUCUUUUCAAUUUGCCAAUCGGUGCGUUGUGGACGGCGGUCGUUGGAGAAUGGGAGUUGGACUCUGGUGGACGUGGGUCGGCUAGGCUACCUGUUGAACGAGUCAUCAUUCACGAGAGAUUCAAUAAUUACGUACACGAUAUUGCCCUGAUGAAGCUAGCCAGGCCAGCCCCUUUGUCGAAGGUGGUGCGAACGAUAUGCCUUCCCGAUCCAGGGGAAGAACUAGCGAAUGGUCAGUGCAUAGCUUCCGGCUGGGGUCGUUACGGCCCAACGCAAUCACUUUCCACCGCCUUGCUGGAAGCAACAGUGCCAUUACUGGAUCUAGAAAAAUGCACCCAAGCGUAUGGGAAAUCUGUACCGAUCCGAAACGGCCACCUCUGCGCUGGCCACACCGACGGCUCUUCCGGAAGCUGCGUCGGCGAUUCCGGAGGACCCUUGCAGUGUCGUCGCGCAGACGGAGUCUGGCAGUUGGCAGGCGUCACUUCGUUUGGGUCAGGAUGCGCCAGGCCAGGAUAUCCUGAUGUAUACACCAGCGUACAACAUUACGUCGGCUGGAUAAGAAACAUCAUGAACAACGAGGGGGAUUCGCAAUAUUUAUAGUUUCGUCUGUUGAGUCGCGUGUACCAUUAAGUGUAGAUAUUAUUCGUGUAAAUAUUGUUAAAGUAGAUCGUUGUAAAUACACGCCUGUUACUAAUUUUUUAAAUUGCCACAAACAUUAGUUUACAACUCGAACGUGUAUUAGCGAUAGUGUAAGCGUAUAUGUAAGCAACCGUUACGCGAACGCAAGCCAGCGGCAACUUCGAAAGAAAAGCUAUUCGCUAGGAGCUGAAUUUCUUCUAUUCCCAGCGAGGAAAACAGAUUUUCCCGUCUUCAUCCUCGAAAUACGAAAUAUCUGCAUUUAUAUGACUCUCGUGGGAGAUCUAACUUGUUUCACUCUUUCCGUAUCUAUCGCGAUGUUGCGUAACAUUGUGGUUCUGCGUAUGACAAGCAUAGUGAUUGCAUUCUCUCGGAAGAUAUUAGAGAUAUCGAUUCACGGGAACGUGUAGUACAACGGAGUGGUAACCCAGAGAGGGAGAGUACACACAUUACGCACUGAAGAGCAUCCAUUAAUUACCUUAAUACGAGGUAUGUUGGACUUAGUAUGUGGAAUGUUGGCUACAGGUUGCUCUAGUCGAACUUCGUUUGCAGAUUGUACGGAAGAUAGAGACAUCAGCCUUGAAUCAAUUUUUGUUAGAUUCUUAUCGUUCGAGGAUGAAGCAGCACAAAGAUGCCAGAUUCGAGGAGCUAAUUACCACGUAAUAAACUUUUAUUUUAGGCA